UUAGGAAGGAAGUUUUAAGAUGGUACCUCAGUUACGCCAUUAACUUGUUUAAUUUUUUUAUUUUUUUAUUUUUUAUUACUGCAGUGUUAUUUUAUAAAAAAUUGAAUGCUUGGAUUGUUUUGAAACGAAUUUUAAAUGUAUGCCUAAAAAUACAUUUAAAACAUGAUAACAAUUUAAUUCAUACAAAAGGAAAAUUUUAAAGUGCUAUUUUGUACAAAAAAAGAAGUGAUGUUAGGGUAUGGGACAAACGCAGGCUAAAGAUGAUGGGAGUCGCAAGCAUAAAGAUGGUAAACCAAAUCAUAAGCGAGCUAACACACCUGGGACUAACCAAGAGCCAACAGACAAGUUUACUUUGCCAUGGGAUUUAAGACCUCCUGAAAAAGUUGAGAAUGACGAAUCUGUGAAAAUUAAUGAUUUCAUGAGAAGUCGUCCUCUUCCACUCCCUCCUCCAGAUGGUGAUAAAAGCAGCCAAAAGGAAAGUUUAAACUUUAGUGGUAUUGAUCAGGACAAAAUUUUUUUUGUACAAUAUGACUUUGACUGUGGUGAUAUUGAAAAUCAACUUUCUGUUUCUAAAGGUGAACUGGUUCAUAUACUAAAAUAUGAUGAACAAAAAGUUUGGUGUGAAGGACAAAAUAAAAAUGGUAAAACAGGAUGGCUUCCCUUCUCAUAUGUUGUUCCUUUUACUAGUAUGCAUAAAUAUGAUUGGUAUCAUGGAAGAAUUUCAAGAAAUCGUGCUGAAUACUUGUUGAACAGUGGUAUCAAUGGUAGUUUUUUAGUGCGAGAAAGUGAAAGUGCUCCGGGUCAACAUUCUCUUUCACUAAGAUAUGAUGGGAGGGUGUAUCACUAUAGAGUUUAUUUCGAAAACGACACUGUUUAUGUUAGAGAAGAAGCUAAGUUUAAAACACUUGAAGAAUUAGUAACAUACCAUUCUCGUGAAGCUGGAGGUCUUGUUACUAAUUUACGAUAUCCUGCAUUAAAAGUUGAUAAACCAGCAGUAUAUGGUUUUUCGCCAAAAGAUGAUGAAUGGGAAAUACCACGAAUGGAUAUAUUUAUGGGACAAAAGUUAGGCGGGGGACAGUAUGGAGAAGUUUAUAAGGCAGAAUACAAAAAGUAUGGAGUAACUGUAGCUGUUAAAACUUUGAAGGAAGAUCAAACUGAUGUUGAAGAAUUUCUUAAAGAAGCAGAUAUGAUGAAGCAAAUAAAACAUCCGAAUCUUGUUAGAUUAAUUGGUGUUUGUACGCACGAGUCACCAAUUUAUAUUAUUACUGAAUACAUGCCACUUGGCAAUCUUUUAGAAUACUUGCGCCAGUCUGACAAAGCUGACCUCCCUGCUACUACACUUCUUUAUAUGGCGUCACAAGUAGCAGCUGCGAUGAGUUAUUUAGAAUCAAAAGGUUUUAUUCAUAGAGACUUGGCUGCAAGAAAUUGUCUUGUUGGUGAGAAUCAUUUAAUAAAAGUUGCAGAUUUUGGACUUGCUCGCUCCAUGAUGAAUGACUAUUACAAAGCCCAUUCAGGAGCCAAAUUCCCGAUAAAAUGGACAAGCCCUGAAGCUUUGGCUUAUAAUAAGUUUUCCAGCAAGUCAGAUGUGUGGGCUUUUGGUGUACUUAUGUGGGAGAUAGUUAAAUAUGGUGCAUCGCCUUACCCUGGUCAUGACUUAAACCAAGUAUACAGUCUUAUUGAGCAAGGUUAUAGAAUGGAGUGCCCUGAAGGAUGUCCUGAUGCUGCCUAUGAAUUGAUGCUAGAUUGUUGGAAAUGGAAUCCUAAUGAUCGACCAACAUUUUCAAGUAUUUGCUACCGACUGGAUACAAUGUUUGAUGCAACCAAUGUAGAUGAUGAAGUUCAAAGAGCUAUAAAGUUACGUCCUCAGUCUACUUUUAUUAGUGAAAUAGAAGGAAUGGUUCUUCCUCCUGUACCACCAAAACAUCAACUGCUUCAAGAAAAUUCUACAGAAAAUAAUUUAAAACUCGAAAAAGUGAAUAAAUCUUCUAAAGCGCAAAAGUUGCAUAAAAAAGAGAAAAAAGAGAAAAAUUCUAUGUUGCCUUUAUUUCGAGGUACUUUGCGUGGUAAAGAUAAAAAAUUAGCAGAAAAUUUUGUAAAAGAACACUACUCUUCAUCUGAAAGUAUUACAUCUACUAGCUCUGAUACCCAAGCUGUGGCGAAGACAAUUUCCGGUUCUCCACAUAGUCUUCCUACUGUUCCAAGUUUAGCGGUUUCAAAAAUUUCUCUUGAGGAACUUCAAGGUGGAAUGAAAGUAAUGAAUACAAAAAAACAUAUUAGAGAAGAAAGAAACUUGGUUGAUGAAAAAACUAAUAAUGAGAAAAAGUUACUUUUAUGUGAUCCUAAUAAUAAACCUCUGCCACCUCCAAAACCCCCUGUCUCACCCCAGUUAAAACAAACACAGGAAAAACAAGAAUAUAUUGAAGAUACUUUACCAACAACAAAAUCCAUUUCUAUUAAAACUCCACCAAAUCCAAUGGCUCGAAUUAAUAAAUUAACAAUAAAUACAGAUGAAACUGAAUCUCGAAAGCCAUCACUAUUAGCAAAACCUGUUUUAAAACCAAGACCAUCUGUUAGUUCAAAGACUACUAAUCAAAUUAGCAAUAAUUUAAAAAAUGAAACAUAUAAUUUAAAUAUAAAAAAGGAUGGUUUAAAGUCUGAGUUAAUAGGAGUUUUGGAUAUAAUGCAAUUGGUUUAUCAGGGUGUUAAGUCAUUAAUUCUUUUAGCAGAUAGUAGACAGUCUGAAAAUAUUGCUGAAAAAGCUGCUAAUAUUUUUCAGCAAUGCAAUGAACUAGUUGAUAAGUUAUCGUUGUAUCGAGAUUCGAUUGCACCUGUUCCUAGACAAAAUGUUAGUAAACAUUUAAGUUCUAUUGAAAAUAAUGUUAAUGAAUUUCAAAAGGUUUCGUGUAAUUUACCUCGUAUAGCAACCGCAACUGAUUUAGAAAAACUGAGCAAGAGUUUAGGAGCUCUUUGCAACAGCCUUAUUGUUCUUGGUAAUGCUUUGCCAAGUUUAUAGAAUUUUUAUGUUUUAUAUGCUUUUAUUAGACUUUUUUACUUUUUUGCAAUAGUCUAGAUUUUUUUAAAAUCACCUUUUGAGCUAUUCUUUUCAUUUUUCAAAACUAUUGAAUUUUAAAAAAUUUGUGUUUUUAAUAAAGUUUUGGAAAAUAAUUUUUUUUUUUGCCAUGUCAUCAUAGCUAGUUAUCAGUUAAUUUUAGAUUAAUUUUUUUAUAAUCUUAUUUGUAUUUUUAGUUUUCAAAAGGUUUAAUGACCUAUCUUGUCGGUUUGCUAAAAAAUGAAUUGAUUUAAUUUUUAA